UGGCGGCGCGGGGGCCGCUGGGAGCGGCGAUGGCGGCGCCGGAGCCGGGACGCUGCGCUCACUUCGUGCUGAGGAAGAAGCGCUUCUGCAAGAUGAUCCCGGCGCCCGGCAGGCGCUUCUGCGGGGAGCACGGGCACGAGGAGCUUCUUUAAAACACAACACUGAAUGCGUGCUCAAGUGUUUUCUAAAACUUUUCUAACUAGGAGCAAAAUGACAGAAAAAGAAUUCCGUGCCCUCUUGAUCCAAAACAGUCUACUUUGUUCAAGAUAUUAAUGCUGGUUUAAAAGAUGCAGCAGAAAUACCAGAAAAACAGGUUCCACUAUCUUCUCUAUCUAUCGAAGAGCUCCAGAAUUUAAUUACUAGGUUGAAAAAAGCAACUAAUGGCCUGGAACUUCAUCUUAAGGAACAAAUACUGUCCCACCAGGCUUUACAAGAAGCCUUAAGUGACCCAAAGAAUGGGGAAUCUGCUUUCAAACACCUGAAACAACAGGCUUCUAUUUUAGGUAACAUGGAAAAAUUGCAUUUACUUGGUCCAGGAAAGUGUUUUGUUGAGUUUGGAGCUGGGCGAGGAAAGCUGUCUCAUUGGCUUGAUAUUGCUUUAGAGAACGUUGAGAGUGUUCAGUUUUUGCUUGUGGAAAGAGCAACCACAAGAUUCAAGGUGGAUGGAAAACACAAAAGGAGGGAUUCCAUAUUUGAGAGGCUUCAAGUAGACAUUCAGCACUUAUGUUUAAAUAAGGUACCUAUUUUGGAGAAGAAAAAACUACCAGUGGUAGGAAUUGGGAAGCAUUUGUGUGGUGCUGCAACAGAUCUUGCUUUGAGAUGCUUGGUUGAAAGUUACACCACUUGCUGUGAUGGAAAAGAUGAAGAGCCUGCACCAAAACGCUGCAGGGCUGUUCAGACAGAGGUGGCUCCUCACAAAUCUGCUGGCAAUGAAAGCAUCACAGAAGACCAUAAGCCUGUAGCUGGAAUUGUUAUUGCUCUGUGUUGCCAUCACAAGUGUGACUGGACACAUUAUGUAGGCAGAGAGUUCUUUAAAUCAGUAGGACUUGGACCAGUAGAAUUCCAUUAUUUUCAGAGAAUGAGUAGUUGGGCCACUUGUGGCAUGCAAGAAACCACAAGCAAAGCUUCUACAAGUGAAGACAGUGGAGAUCAAACUAAUGACACAGAAGAACAUGAGCACACUCUCAGCAGGACAGCAAGUGGUUCUGAUACUUUACAAGGGAUACUGAGUGUUGAGGAGCGGAAGGAGAUCGGUUGCCUCUGCAAACGGCUGAUUGAUCACGGGCGGAUUGAGUAUUUACAACAGCGAGGAUACAAGGCUGCACUGCAGUAUUAUACAGAGCCUGCUGUGUCCUUGGAGAAUGUCCUGUUGACAGCUGUCCCAAGUCCUUCUGUGAUACCAGAGCCAACUAUAUGACAGGAGAUAGAUUUGGAAUUGGUAGGGGAAAAAAAACAUACCCUAUAAAACUUAUCUCGGUUUUUAUAAAAACUACUUAAUUUCUUACAAAUAAAAAAAAAAAAAAAACAACCUUUCUCAUCUUUGCUGUACCCAAGAAAAGGUCUUAUAUUUUCCAGUUUCACUGGGAAUUGCUAAUAUGCAAACCAGUUCUCAUCAGUGGAAAAAUAAAAUCCCUAGGAAUACUUGAAACCUGUUGUAGCCUCUUUGCUGUGAAGAAGUGUACUUGAUCUUUUCUUCCAUUCAGUUACAUUCUUUAUUCAUUAGGAUUCAUGACAGGAGGAGAACCAGAAGUACAACUUUCCACAUUUCCUGAAAGACAAUAGGUUAAAAUAAGUUGACAUACUUUAUUCUCACUUUGAAGUUCAGAACAGCUUUGUAUUUCCUCUUAAAAUAUUUAAGUAGGCCUAAGUACUUUGAUCAGCCUGUGCUGCUAGAGAAUCUAUUCAGAAAGAAAAUUUAUGUCUAAAGUGUCAUCUUGGUAUAUUUUUGCUAAUUUGAUAACCCAUUCAUGAAAUAUUGAUAAGAAAAAAGCUGGCUUAGUUUUCUAAAACAAGAGUAUUGCAUUCAUUUAAGCCUUCACAAAACACAGAAUGAAGAUCAGAGAGAUCAUUUUAUAUCUGCAGUGAAGUGUCUGCUGCAAGUAACAGCUGCAAACUUAACAUCUGUUCCAAAGUGGUUAUUUGGGUCUCUUACUGCAACAUUAAAGCUGUUACCCCAGAGACAAUGAACAGCACAUUUUAAUCAUGUUUUAGAAAUGAGAUGAAACUGGGGGUGUUUUGUUUAAGUGACUGUAUUUUGUGUCAGGGAAAGCAAGUUGUGAGAAACAUCUGUUUAUCAGGUGUUGAUAGUUCAUUGCUAAAAGAUGUAUCUUGGGAACAUACUAAUUUCUCAUCUUCCUCUGGAAGUACCAUCUGGACAACAUCCAAAAGUAGGAAAAGUUGAGCUUCAUGAAUCAAAGGAUGCUAGAAGACCUUCACUAUGUAACCUGAUUAAAUUGCAAAUAUGAAAGACAGUCAUCAGGUCCUCUUUAUCCAUGGUGUAGGUAACUCAGGCACAUUUAUUACAGUGCUCCAUGGUUCCAGUAUGUUUCUGUCAGAAUCUGUACUGUUUGUUGGAGACUUACUGUGCCAACUCCUGUUAAAAGUGCCCCUGUCCUCAGUAAAAGCCUGUUUACAGAUUGUUGUUUUUUAAAUGUUACUAAUUUAUUAAGAAGGUUAUUCAUGUUUCAUUUUUAUACAUAUCCUAGGUUUUAUUAAUCCAGUGUAUCCCUCUCUUCCUCACUGUAUGGUGGAGAGAUCAGAAUUAAUAAAAAAGCCGUGCCAUA